AUGUUGAAGCCACUGCAAACAGACUUUACGCUGCGCAAAUAUCUUUUUAUUCAGCAAACAGCGACACCCAUUAAGGCCCCUUUAGUUUUUGUGAUGAAAUACACUGUGAAUGGAUUUCUUGCUGACGUGACGCAGCUGGUUUUGGCUGGCAGAAUGGAAAUUCGCUGGCUUGCGUUGCUGUGUAGCUGGGCGCUGUUAGCGCAAUUUUCGCUGGCGUUUCCAGAGGAAGAACUACUGGAAGAAUUUGAACUCGACGAACCUGAACCUUUAGUUCCAGAAAAAGAAGAAGUCAAGGACCGCGAAAAGCGACAAAGUGGGUGUAAGGACUUGCUAGAUUACUGUGCACAGUGGCCGGACGAUUAUUGCCAAACCUAUAAAGAUUAUAUGAAGACAAACUGCCCCCAAAAAUGCGGCUACUGUAGUGGACCCACUAAUCCUCCAGGCGGCGGCGGCGGCGGUGGCGGUGGAAGUUGCAGUGUUAGUGGGGCAAGUAACAAGGUGAAAAGCUGUACAUUUGACAAAGACAUGUGUGACUGGCAUAACGUGCCAUUUGAUGAUAACAUGGACUUUGCCAUCCGCAGUAGCAGCAGCGGCGGACCAAGCAGUGGAGCAGGGGGGAGUGGAAAAUUCCUUGUGACAGAGAAUAGUAGCGGUAAGGCGCAGCUUUUGAUCCCAUUUGAGUUGGUCCUAGCCAACCACGACAGCAAUCAUGGCAGUAUGUGUAUUAGGUUCAACUACUACAUGAAAGGUGGUUCACUGUCAUUAUAUAAGAUCGAGAAUAAGAAGGGUUCACCAAAAACCAAGUUAACCAGUGUGAGUGGUGGACAAAGCUCUUGGAUGUGUAAAAAAGUAACUGUACAGGUCAGCGUACAUUGGCAGCUGAUGUUGGAGGCAAGUGCCAGUGGAAGUCCUAUCGCUCUCGAUGACAUCAGUUUUACCGAUGGCGCCUGCAGCUAAGUAACGAAUGCAGUACGGGGAAUCUACAGCAUAGAAUGCAUACUUUAGAUGAGUGAAUAAAAAGCAAAUGCUUCAA